AUGAGACAACAAAGGCAUUACAUGUCUUCUGAUGUGUUCAAGAAAUUCACCAACAAAGAUGGAAAGUUCAAGGAAACUCUUACCAAAGAUGUGCAAGGAUUAUUAAGUUUAUAUGAAGCAGCACAUCUAAGAGUACAUGGGGAAGAAAUUCUAGAACAAGCUAUGAGUUUUACACUCACUAAUUUGGAGUCAAUGGGCCCUAAAUUGAGCAACUCAUUACUUAAGGCCCUAGUUAGUGAAGCCUUAUGCCAUCCCAUUCAUGCAAAUCUACCAAGAGUUGGAGCAAAGAAAUACAUGUCUAUGUACGAGGAAAAUGAAUCACAUAAUGAUUUGCUUUUGAAAUUUGCAAAAUUGGAUUUUAACAUUGCGCAAAAGGUGUACCAAAGCGAGCUUUACGAGUUCACAAGGUACUGGUGGAAAGAUCUGGAUUAUGCAAACAAAUUUCCAUAUGCAAGAGACAGAUUGGUGGAGUGUUACUAUGGGGCAGUGGGAGUGUUAUUUGAUCCUCAAUAUAGUCGUACAAGAAAAAUUCAAGCAAAAUUAAUCAACAUCAUCACCAUGGUUGAUGAUACUUUUGAUGCUUAUGCGACCUUUGACGAAAUUGUGGCUUUCACAAAUGCGAUAGAGAGGUAA